CUGGUGUUCACUACUCUCUUCUUCAACUCGGCCAAAGAUAGGGUGGUGCCUUUUCUCUGGGGUCUUCUCUGUAGGCCACUGGGACUAAUCUGUAUAGUGAAUGAAUAGGCCUUAACAGCAUAUUCAGCACCCUCUGUUGGGUUAGCUAGGUGGCUUGAUGUAUGUAUGUUUACCAUUUUAAGUGGUGAUUAGUCUUAAGUGAGGCUUUGGAUUUCACUGUUGAAUCUUGUAGACUUACACAUUCCAUUAUGUGCGAAUAUACCAUGUGAGUAUAUGUGAACCUGACAAACUAGCAGAAAACCACAUUCAAAGUUCAACGUUUACCUCCGCAUGAGUACAUGAGUCACCACAAGCCUCAGCGUGGUGGACAGGCUGUGUGAGAGAGCACGCUCAAGUGAGAGAAACGAGCUCAUGCCAUGAGAGCCUGGCGCUCACACAAGAGGACGUCACCUGUCAUCUCGCAGAGCUGCAGCACAUGGCAGCAGAGGACUGGCCCUGAUGAGCACGCUGGGGACUGGUCAGCAGCAGAGGCAGAGGCUCUUGAGAAAUAGCUGAGAAUUACGAGAGCAAAUAAAGGCGAGCAACUGAAGUUGCAUGAGCACAAGUGGUUGGAGGCUCAGCAUGCAGUGAGAUGAAAACUAGAGACAAACGCAUCAAAGGAACCCUGGUUUCUGCAGCAUAAUAAACAUCCAAUGGGGGACAGCGACUGUUUGAGACCUGAUUAGUGUACCUGACCCAGCUGCCUUUUCUUGGCAUUAUGAAAUCCCCGCAGGAUGAGGCUGACCAGGGCUAUGCUACAUGCUGUGCUAAGUCCUCCGUACGGAUGUCCAAUGGGGACUCGGCUCUUGCCAGUGGGCCAUUGGCCCUUCUGCUGCAUCUCAAGGCUUGCCAGGAGGCCUGGGCACCUGGGCCACCCUGGAAUAAAGAUGGCACACAUGCUGCCCUGUGGGGUCGGCCUGCAGGGAGUUUCCUCGUACUGCGAGAUUCUGCUGCUCAGCCAGAACUGCUGUGUUUAUGUGUGGAGAGUGCCAGCGAGCCAGUGCAAGAUUUUCCCAUCCGUCGCACCGGCACAGUGUUACAGCUGACCGAGUCUCACCUGAGUUUUCCUGACCUGGCUCAGUUGGUGGCUUUCUACACUCUAAGCAGAGACGUGCUGCCUGUGUGUCUGCUGGUCCCUGAAUGGAUCUCCAGUCUGGCUGACCCCUCUGAGAGGCAGCCAUCUCAACUUGGACCCAAGUCCUGGCUGUGUCCACUGUCCAACCCAUCUUCAGAUUCCAUAAUGCCUGAGUCGUCAGUGGCGCCGGGAACAGUCCUGUGCACCAUACAGCUGACCACAGCCAGUGGAGCUCUCUGCAUCAUCAACCCACUUUAUUUACAUGAGCACGGAGAUGACUGGCUGUCCCGCACACCAGACACUGCUCGGCAGGGCGGUCAACCCGGUAAGCGAAGGUUUGAAAGGCGGCUCAGCAAAAGCAGACCGUGGGGAGGAGCGGGACUGGUGAAAAACAGAGGACUGUCAUUAGACGAGGACACAUUGCAAAACUCCUCUGAAGCAGUGGGAGCAGGCGUGGGGGCCCCGGUCACUACCUCUACUGGAGUGGUGCUCCGCAGGGCCAGUAGCAGCGCCAGCAACUGUGACCCAUUCCAGCGGUCGUCCACUGGGAGCGCUGUCCUCUACAGCCCAGCGCCACAGUCCCCCCACCGCGUGUCCUGGGUGGAGGGCAACAUGUGGGUGUCCCCCCCGCCCUCCCUCCUCCACCCGCCAUCGCUGGAGCUGGACUCGCUGUCAAUCAGCAGCAUCGAGGAGGAGACCGACUCGGCCUGCUCUAGCCCCGCCCUCUCUCACCAUUCGCGCCUGCCGUUGGCCGACAAGGUGAAGAACCGCCUGUCUGCUGUGGGUCACGCCCUUGGCGGUCUGGUGAACCCCCAGACGCGGCUGACCAAUCGGGUGCAGGAGCUGAGCCGGAGCAGGAGCGGGGCGUUUGCCGAGGCUCUGAGAGGCUUCAUGGAGCAGACCCAGCGGGCGGUGGUGACUGAGGCUGUGACCAGCACGGACCUCCUGCAGGAGGUGCGCACCUCCCUCACAGGUCUGCGCGACACGCUGCUGGACUACCCCGACGUGAGCGGCCUCAUGGAUAGCAUGGCUGACCUGCCUGAAACUGAACUUGAUGCCAUGCUGGAGAUCUCGCUGCAUAAAGUGGCAUUGAAGCCCGUCUGCUCCCACCUGUACUCUUGCGUCCACGCCUUUCACAGUAGUGAUGGAAGCUUCCAGAAGCUCCAGGGCAACCAGCACACACUAGAGGGCCGCAGUCUGGAGGAGCUGGAGGGCACGGCCGGAGCAGGCGUUCCCGAUCCCGUCACCAUGGAGAAGAUCCAGCAGCGCUGGGCGUCCAUGCAUAAGGCCUAUUCCCCCAACAAGAAGGUGCAGAUCCUGCUCAAGGUGUGCAAGACCAUUUACCACAGCAUGAGCGCCAACGCCAAACCUGGUGUGGUCUUCGGGGCAGAUGACUUCCUGCCCUGUCUGACAUGGGUGCUACUUCGCAGUGAUGUGGUCACACUGCAAGUAGACACAGACUAUAUGAUGGAGCUCCUGGACCCCAUGCAACUACAGGGAGAGGGUGGUUACUACCUGACAUCCGUCUACUCCGCCCUCUUCUACAUCACCACCUUCCGUCCCCGCUUGGCAGCGCGCCAGCUUAGUGUGGAGGCCCAGCAGUCUCUCAGCCAAUGGCAUCGCAGACGGACCCUACACUGCAACCAGUCACGUAGAGGAGGUCACCGCAGGACUAUCCGCAGGCACACAAGCCCCAAGACCCCUAGAGGCACAUCGCUAGGGCCUGAGGGGGAGAGCAAGGACACUCUGGCGCUCCCUGUGGGGAGUGAGGAGACACUGCAGGUCAUUAAUGAGAACGUGAGCGUAGUGGACCUUUGUGUGGAGCAGUCUGAGCAUCAGACACGAGUGCCACAACCUGGAGACCACGAGUCUGCUGGGGUCAGAGGCAGGGACUCCGUAGCAUCUGGCACAGGGACCAGAACAGAAAGACUGGAGAUGGACGCCAAACAGGACCCUGUUGGGGUGACCGAGGGAGAGCACGGGGGCUCUGCUAGCCUCCUGAAGGGCCCAGCGGUUCUCUGGAGUAAGAAGGAGGAGGAGGCGGACACUGAGGGGGACAGUAGCAGUGCUGCUGAGGACUGAGGAGACUGAAGCAGACCACCUUGUGUUUCACAAAGGAAUCAAAUGAGCUGAUUAAUGAGCUGUUUCCAGGUUUUGACAGUAGGUGGCAGUAUUGUUUUUCAGUGAAAUUAUUGUAAUCCUGGGAGAUGAGAAAGAGUUUAAGUUAUAAGGUCUGUAAAUUGUGAUAUGCAUUUUCCUUGUAAGAAAAAGAAAAUGGAGAUAAAGAGAUUAUAAUGAUCACUGUUAAGCAAUGUCAAUAUGAACUUAUACAGCAUAAUUUUGCUGUUGAGUAACAACUUCAGAUGACCUCUCUCUGAAAGACCUGUGUGAGCUAUUCACACAUCCACAAAUAUUAUUAAA